AUGAUCUACUAUGCACCUACAAUCUUUGCUCAGCUUGGCCUCAGCGGUAACACGACUUCCCUCCUCGCAACAGGUGCAUGCGGGAUUGUGAAUUGUCUAAGCACUCUGCCGGCUCUAUUCUUUAUUGAUAAAGUUGGGCGCCGUGUUUUGCUCAUGGCUGGCGCCACAGGUACAUGUAUCUCGCUGGCUAUUGUGGGUGGUACCCUAGGCGGUUACGGGUCUAGCUUGCCGGAUCACAAAUCUGCUGGAUGGGUUGGUAUUGCAUUCAUCUAUAUCUACGAUAUUGAUCAAUUUUCCCUACUCUUUUGUAUCAUUGGGCUUGUCACCCCGGACAUGCUUGAUUCCGUUACAUAUGGUACCUACAUCUUCUUUGCGGUUUUCUGCCUCCUGGCACUAGGAUUUACAUCUUUCUGUAUUCCCGAAACACGUGGAAAGACCCUUGAAGACAUGGAUCUCAUCUUCGGAGACACGACUGCGCACGAAGAGAAGAAGCGAAUCAAGCGUAUAAAGGCACUUCUUCGCGGUACUCCUAUUGUGGAUGACGAUGAUGAAUUCUUGAAGCCGGCGGAUCAACAGGCGGAGAUUGUGGAUGAUGUAUAA